AUGGAGAACUCUCCUCUCGGUAGGCCCUCCGCUGAGCUGCGCAACAAGAUUAGCGCUAUGGUCCUCAAACACGAUAAGGGUGUCGUCAUGCGGGUUGGUCAAGGAGACUGUGAUAGCGAACUCACUUCUCGUCAGAGUGACCGCGGAGGCAACAAGCAUCCACUUGGCUUAGCUCACACUUGCCGACAAGCACGUGCAGAAUGCACCGAGAUGUAUUAUGCCAUCAAUGAAUUCUAUCUCUUGCCCGACAGUAACACGAGCUACGAUCAACUAUGUGCCUGGCACACUACCUUCGCGGUGGGUAGAGGGCUGAAGCUGGGAAGUUUCAAUAUCUACGCUGAGCUAGAAGACGACGACGACAACGACGACGAUCAAGCAAUGCUCACCGCUCUACGCGAGAAUAUUCUUCGGAUCCCAAACCUCAAGAAUGACGGACUGGUGCAGCUGGAUUAUGUGGUGCUUGAUUACCACUUUAUGGGAGAAGAGAAGACGAUGUGGUUUGAAUAUGACGAUAUCACCAUGUCGCUCCAAUAUCACUCACAAAUUCUCAUGAAGCAGGUACUGCCUCACAUCCGCGGUACAGCACAAGAGAACCAUGGGUCGAAGUGCCUCCUCCGAGCUGGACGCAUCAYCCUCUGUCUCCAAAAGGCUCUCCAGGAACUCUUCGAUCACGACUAUCCACGAGAAUGUAGAAAUGGCUCUACAGGCAGAAUAAUUACCUUUGAGAAGGUCCAGCAGAUUAAAAUGACACGUUGUGCUCGUUCCGAAGCCUUAAUUGCUGGUCUUAAGCAGAUUGAAGACACACGAUGUACCCACUCAGGCUGUCACGAGCGUCGGGAGCGUCGGGAGCGUCAGGCAGCGCCGUGA